UCCCUGAGAAGAUGUGUCUUCUUUCCCUCCCUCUACUGCUCUUUCUGCUGUGUACCAGAACCAAAGCUGGGGAAGUCAUCGGUGGCACUGAGUGCAAGCCACACUCUCGUCCCUACAUGGCCUACCUAGAAAUUGUCACUCCUGAGGGACACCGGGGUGCCUGUGGUGGUUUCCUGAUACGACGGAGCUUUGUGCUAACGGCAGCUCAGUGUGCAGGAAGGUCUGUAAUAGUCAACUUAGGGGUCCAUAACACAAAACAGAAAGAAGACACAUGGCAGAGGCUUAAGGUGGUAAAGCAAUUCCUGCAUCCAAAGUACAAUGACUCUACAUUUCUCCACGACAUCAUGUUACUCAAGUUGGAGAAGAAAGCCAACCUGACCCUGGCCGUGGGUACACUCCCCCUCCCACCCGAAUUCAACUUCAUUCCAUCUGGAAGAAUGUGCCGGGCAGCAGGCUGGGGGCAAACAAGUGUGGAGGAGCCUGCCUCAGACACUCUGCAGGAGGUGAAGCUGAGACUCCUGAACCCCCAAGCCUGCAGACCCUUCACAAACUUUAAGCACAAGCUCCAGCUGUGUGUGGGUAAUCCCAGGAAGAGAAAAUCUGUAUUCAAGGGAGACUCUGGAGGCCCCCUCCUGUGUGCAGGGAUAGCCCAGGGCAUCGCAUCCUAUGCACAACGGAAUGCAAAGCCCCCUGUUGUCUUCACCCGAAUCUCCCAUUACCGGCCCUGGAUCAACAAGAUCUUGAAGGGGAAUUAACCUUGGAGCCUGAACCAGCCUGAAAGGAAAUCUGGAUCUGAGCAGGUUUUCUAUACCACUUGCUCUGGCCUGUCUCUGGUUCCUAUUGAAGUCCUGCCACAUCCCUGAGACUGCAGAAGGUACCUACAGUUCACAGAACUUUUUAAUAAAGCUCAAUAAAAACCCAGAUUCCAGA